CUCGGUGCUUGUCGCUGCGCGGUCAUUUCCGUAUGAGCCGCCAAGUUGAGCCGUGCUGCUACCUCAAGCUCCAAGCCGGUGGGUCCAACUACCGCGAGUGGGCCGACGCCAUCACAACGCGUAUGACGAAAGCGGGUCUUGCCAAGUAUCUGGGCCCGCACCCGCCCAACUACAAGGCCGACGACGACUUGGCCGCCGGUGUCUACCUCCGGCUAAGCCUCCACCGCCACGACCUCAUGCACCUCAAGGACGCCAAGACGACACAUGCGACGUGGGAGAUCCUCCGGCGACUCUACGAACCCAAGACCGGGUCGUCGCUGCUGCUGUUGUACACGCAGAUGGACAACCUCCGCUGGAUCGAGUCGCGCGGGUCGCUCACCGACUUUGCCGACGCGUUCCUGGGCCUUCAGCGGCACAUGGCGGCCGCCGGCGACACGACGCCCGCAAGCGCCUUCUUGAUUCGGUUUCUGACGCUGUUGCCAGCGCGUUUUAACGCAACCAUUUUGCGUAUUCUCCACGACAGCACGAAAGGCCCCGUGUUUCCGAGCUUUGAGACGGUGCUCGCCGAGCUCCAAGCCGUUGACGCCCUGCACACCGCCAAGACGACGACGACGAAGAAGACAACAGCCACGUCGCCACGACACACAACGGCGUCCAGCCCCACGCGCCCAGCGCGUACAUCCGCCUGCAGCUAUUGCGGCAACGACCAACACGCUCUGAGCGACUGCUACCGACGACAGCGCGACCUCGACCGCGGCCUGCGACGAAGGACGACCCUGCCCGACGACGUGACACCGACGUCGCCGACGGUGCGCGCCCGCGCGACGCACCCGCGUGGCCGGUCGCUGCCCUGCGACGUCCUGCGGCCCAUGGUCUUUGGCACUGGUCGCGUCAGUCCACAAUGCUCCAAAUAAUAUAUUAUCUUGAUUUUAGUACACCG